CGGCUCCGGCCGAUGCUCCUGAGCCCGCGCCUCCCUGCUGCUCCUCCUCCUCCAGCUCCGAGCCUCGCCCGCCUCGCUCGCUCGAUUUCCUUCCAGAACCAGCUUCCAAACUGGCGCGCUGGGGUGGGGCGGUCACGUCUCUGCUUCUGGCCGCCUCUUUCUCAGGAGGAGAUUGGAGGGCAACUUUGUGAAGUCGGUUCCUCUCUUCCUACCUUUGCAUGGGUUCUGGUGUUCGAACUCAGGUCCUCAGACUUGUACAGCAAAAGCUUUGCCCCAUCUGUAAGUGUUGAUGGUGACUUGGGUUCAGUAAGACCCAAGUGCACCUUCCUCCCUCCCUCUUCCCUUUACUGGGCCCCUUUUAUAUUUACAAAUGCAGUAACCUAUUCAAGUUCUGCUGGUUUCUUCCCCUAUACCAGGCUAGCAUUGGAGGAGCAGGAUGGUGGUGGUGUCUCAGGCAUCCCAGGAGGAAGGACUGAACCAGAGGCCCCACCCCUUGAGAGCCCAGAGGUGUUAAGAAUGCACAUAGGAGAGGGGUGGAGGCUCCUGGCCGAAACACUCAGAACUGGCUUCGGACCUGUGGAUUUGGCAUGCAAGCCAUGCUAUUCAAAUGCCAAGGACUGAGGCACUCCUGGCACCAGGCCAGAGCUGAAGUGAAACCAAAUUCCCUGGGUGUACCUGUUUCCUGAAUUGGCUAGCCUUGGACAACGUAACUUCUAAAGUUUUCUGCUGCCUGUAAGUGCCCGAGACAGUAGGAUCCUAGGGCCACCCACGGGGAGUAGGAGUUUAUCAUAUCUCUGGCUGUCACUUUUCUCCUUGAUGGUUGUGACAGUCUUUCUAGACUCUUCUUCACCCUGCCCCAGAGCAGCCCUAGCCCACACAUUUGGUUUCCAGUUCUCUGUAGCCCGGAAGAUAGAAUCUCAGCCUCUAGAUUGGUCCUGGCACACUACCAUGACUCCCACUACCGUGUCCCGGGCACUGCCUCAGUCUCCUGGAAUUGACGGGUUUGAGUGUCACCCCACUGCCUCAACAAAGAAUUGAUCCUGCUGCCUCCACGCUGGGCCUUUCCCUCUCUCAGUUACCACGCACCUGGGUCACUUGUCAUCCGGUCUUGUCACUCCCAGGAAAUAGCAAGCCCUGAGCAUACAGGGACUCGUGCCCAGUCGAGGUCUUGAAGGCGUUUGGGAAAUGCCAUCUCAGCGUGUUACACUGACUGCUGGCUUCUUUGAACCGAGGCCUGGGAACAGAGCCUUUACCCAGUGAACAGGCUGGACAGCCUUGUUUUUCAGUUUCUGACUCGGGGUCUUGUUAUCUAGUCCAGGUUGACUAGAACUCACAAUCCUGUCUCUGCCUCUGGAGCUGAGAGCCCAGAUGUGUACGGCCAUGUCUGGCUUCUGUAUCUAACGAGACAACCUUUGUUCACCAUUCCACUGUCCCAAAAUUUGUGCCACACCCACCCUUCCAUCCCAGGAGCAGAGAGCCUGUGUUCUUUUCUGUAGCACCAAUCAUUUUGUGAAGAAACAUAGUUUUCUCUCCUUUCGUUGGUUUUUUGAGGCAGGGUUUCUCCACAUAGCCUUGGCUAUCCUGGAACGCGCUAUGUAUAACAGAUUGUCCUCGAACUCACGGAGAUCCACCUGCCUCGGCCUCUCAAGGUUUGCCACCAUGCCCAGCCUUGGUGCUGGGGAUUGAACCCAGGGCCUUGUACAAGCUAGGUAAAUACUCUCCAAACGGAGCAACACAUCUAAUUUUCUCCUUUUAAAAAAAGAAAUGUAUGUGUGUGUGUUCCGUGUGACUGACUGUAUGUCCCUUGUGUCUCUGCAGCACUCAGGCAGGCAGAGGAGGGCCAUGGAUUCCCCCUGGAGCUAGAGUUACAGGCAGUUCUACACUGCGUGACGUGGGUGCUAGGAGUCGAACUCAGGUCCUCUGUAGGAGCGGCAGGUGCUUAAUCGCUGGGCACCUCUCCAGCCCCGGUUUUCCUCCUCUUAAUCUGUCUAAUGACAGUUUAAUUAGUAGACCAACCAAGAACUCAGGAGGGCGGGGAGAUGCCAUUUGCUCUCACUACAGUCUUCUCCGGGGCUGACAGUUGGUCGCACUCCCCUCCAACGCACCAUCUGCCCCCAAAAGAACUUCGUGGCCAUUUCCUAACAGGAAGAGGAGAAGGAGGAAAGGUGGCUUCUUGUUCUGGAGCCUGGUUUUGUUACUGCCUGGUGACCUUUCUGAGCCCUGGAUUCUUGGUUUUGUAAAACAGGACAAAUCACUAGAUUAAGUUCACUCGGGUGCAAGAACUGGCAUGAUAUGCAGACACUGGCAGCCCUGCAGCCCCCACCCUUCGCUCCUCGCUCCUCACCUUCCCCUCCUCUUCUCCUUUGUCCCCUUGGAGCUGAGCUAGCUCUAGCCCCACGGGGAAGAUUUGGGCUGUGUUGGUGGUCACUAAGGACCUCGGGCCUUGCAAAGAGCAGGUUGGCAGAUACCAAGUGGACUCUCCCGUAGUCCUCCUCCCUCAGUGACCCGGUGACCUGGGCAGCACCAGCAGGUUGUGGGUGGAAACUGAGACCUGCCAGGACUUGCUCAGGUGCCUGCCCUCGGGCAGGCAGCUCUCAGACCUGCAGGAGCCAGCCAGGAUGAGACCCACCCCCGGAAGUCCAAACUGCACAGCUGACCCGCUCCUGGGCCACAGGGAGACCUGGACCAGCCAGUCCAGGAGGAGCUGCCAGGCUAAGUGGUCACAGCACUUUGUUCCAGUGUUGAGGAGGCCUGGGAUCCAGGCUUUCAAGGGUUUAGGACCUGGGUUGGGAUCUGGCCUAUGAGGCAGCGUCAGCACGCUCAGCCCUGCCUGCUGAGCACAGUCAAGGGGACUAAGGUGGCACUUUGUAUAUGGGGUAUAUUCUCCCACAGUGUUUUAAAUACCAGCUUAAUAAAGUGAGCUUGGAUUCUUCUGUAUCAUUCCUGACUACCAGUGAGUUUCAGGCCAGCCUGAACAUAAAAACAAAAUAUGAAGUCAUGGUCUGUGUUGAUGACGACCUUCAGCUAGUACUCCUAGGUGCAUGCCCUCCUACUUCAGCAUCCCGGGGGUGAAGCCAGGGCCUCACAUCUGCUAAACCCACGUAACCAAACUGCGCCCCGAGCUACACCCUUAGCUCUGCUGGGUUGUCUCAAAACAAUUCCAAAUAAACAUCAUUCUUUUUUUUA